UCGUCGCAACCAAGUGAUCGUGGAGGAGCCAGGUGGAGAUCGGAGAUCGCGCUCGGAUUGGGAUAUUGAUCGGGAUUGGGUACCGGGAUUAGGGAGUCCUCUCUUUUUGGGGCUUGGAAAGGUGCCACGGUUUAUAAUGUUUAAUAUCAAAUAGUAUUCCAAUUAACAAUUAUGAUCGAUCAACAAAAACAACAGAGUCCAAAAGUGCAAUGUCUGUCUGUGAUUAGAAGUUUCUAUUGUGUUUUCCUCACCGCACCAGAAACUGCGAUUAAAGGUUGCUUUAAAUAAUAACAACAAUCCAUAUAAAUGUGCAAUAUAACAACUGAAAGUGAUGUUAAAAUAUUUCUAAAAUAUUUGCAAUGUUCUAAAUUAAAAAAUCAAAGUGAUAAGCCAAGCAUUAGAGAUGCAGUGCAAUUAGAAAUGUUUACAAAUCGGAUCUUGCCGGUAUAAGGAUAUAACUUAUUGGAUUUAAAACGAAAUCAUCUUAAAGUGCGCCCCCAUGGUAAUGGCCGUGAUACUGUUGCUGGCCCUGGCACUGGUACUCGGCUGCUACUGUGUGCUCCAUCGUCAGAAGCUGGCCGAGAUCUAUCUCCGACCACUGCUGAAGGACACCCCGCUGGAGGACUGUUACCAUGCUGCGCCAAUUGAGUCGCCGGAGGCCACGAAAAGAAGGCGACGCCGUGGCAUCUGGGAUAUUCCAGGACCCCAAAGGAUACCCUUUCUGGGCACCAAGUGGAUCUUUCUUGUCUUCUUCAGGCGCUACAAGAUGACCAAACUGCAUGAGGUGUAUGCAGAUCUCAAUAGGCAAUACGGCGACAUAGUCCUUGAGGUGAUGCCCUCCAAUGUGCCCAUUGUUCACUUGUACAAUCGCGAGGAUCUGGAGAAGGUUCUGAAGUAUCCCAGCAAGUAUCCUUUCCGACCGCCCACCGAGAUCAUUGUGAUGUACCGCCAAUCCCGACCGGAUCGUUAUGCCAGUGUGGGCAUUGUUAAUGAGCAAGGACCUAUGUGGCAGCGCCUUAGAUCCUCGCUAACUUCCAGCAUCACUUCGCCAAGGAUUCUGCAGAACUUUCUGCCGGCCCUAAAUGCGGUCUGUGAUGACUUUAUUGAGUUGCUCAGAGCUCGAAGGGAUCCGGAGUCCUUGGUGGUUCCGAAUUUCGAGGAGCUGGCCAAUCUGAUGGGCCUCGAGGCUGUUUGCACCUUGAUGCUGGGUCGCAGGAUGGGCUUCCUGGCGGUGGACACCAAGCAGCCGCAGAAAAUUAGCCAACUGGCAGCGGCUGUCAAGCAGCUGUUCAUCUCGCAAAGGGACUCCUACUACGGAUUGGGUCUGUGGAAGUACUUUCCCACUAAAACCUAUCGAGAGUUUGCCCGGGCCGAGGACUUGAUCUAUGAUGUGAUCUCCGAGAUCAUUGAUCAUGAGCUGGAGGAGCACAAAAAGUCGGCGGCUUGCGAGGAUGAGGAGACGGCGGGCCUGCGCAGUGUCUUUCUUAAUAUACUGGAGCUUAAGGAUCUGGAUAUAAGGGACAAGAAGUCGGCCAUUAUAGACUUUAUAGCUGCAGGGAUUGAAACGUUAGCCAAUACCUUGCUGUUUGUCCUAAGCUCUGUCACUGGCGAUUCGGAGGCCAUGCCUCGCAUCCUUAGUGAAUUCUGCGAAUAUAGGGAUACGAAUAUCCUGCAGGAUGCACUCACAAAUGCCACAUAUACAAAGGCCUGCAUACAGGAAUCCUAUAGACUGAGGCCCACGGCCUUUUGCCUGGCCAGGAUCUUGGAGGAGGAUAUGGAGCUGUCGGGUUACUCGCUUAAUGCCGGGACCGUGGUGCUUUGCCAGAAUAUGAUUGCCUGCCACAAGGACAGCAAUUUCCAGGAGGCCAAACAAUUCUGUCCAGAGCGUUGGAUUGAUCCUGCCACAGAGAACUUUACGGUCAAUGUAGAUAGUGCCAGUAUUGUGGUUCCUUUCGGUGUGGGUCGCAGGACAUGUCCUGGCAAGCGAUUUGUGGAAAUGGAGGUAGUCCUGCUGCUGGCCAAGAUGGUCCUGGCCUUCGAGGUGAGCUUCGUGAAACCCCUGGAAACGGAAUUCGAGUUCCUGCUGGCCCCAAAGACCCCGCUUAGCUUAAGGCUCAGCGAUCGGGUCUUUUGAUGAUCGCAGAGCUGAGGCUGAUCUGUCCCAAAACAUUGCCUAACCUCGGGCGUUAAAAAAUAUCUAGGAACUGAACCCACUAAGUGAAGUAUAGUGUAAAAUAUGCAUAGAAAAAACCUAUAUCCCUUAUAUAUCCUUGAUGAGCCCAGCAUCAGCAGCAGCCUAGUCUUGUGAAGCAAUCUAAAGCAAUUAAUUAAACGCAAUCAAUAUACAUUUACAUAUUUAUGCUGACUGGAUGUAUAGUUCUGUAUAUGUUUGUUUUUAAUAAUUACAUACAAUUAUUUUAGUUAUUGUUAGAGCUUAAGUAGCAGCAAUUGUUUUUGAAAGACUGUUUUUAAGUUUUGUGUUUUGA